AACGCGAUGGCGCUUCGUGUGCGGGAUUGCCAGAACAGAACAGCGACGGAGCUGGCGGCCGAGAACGGUCACACGGCGAUCACGGAAGAAUUGAAUCGACUCGAAGCGAGGAGGCAAGACGAGAGGCUAUUCUUGCGGCCCGCCAGCCCUAGUCCUAGGAGGCCAUCUCAAGACAGCGGUCUCGAUCUGACGUUGUGUGGCCCCCCGCUGCUGGACAACAUGGAAUUGUUGCAAGAGGAUGACUCGUCAUUAGCCCUCAGCGAGCAGGGAAUGGAGAGCGCUCCGACCCCUCAGGAGACUGUAGGUCCGUACCUUCCUCGUUUCCCCUUCUAUUUGUCUGUCUGUCUGCCUGUCUAUCUGUAACUAUUCGUGUAAUCUAUGUGUGUUCUCUAAUUAAUACACUUUAUAGAUCCAUCGGCCUAGAUAAACAGUACUGCGCCUCCGGGCUGUGAUCCGUAGUCUUUCCUAGCUAAAA